CGUCAACCGGUCAAUUCGUUGGCCAAUUUUCAAUACUAUGGAUUUGAGAGACUGCCGAAGGAUGUUCACGAUGUGUUUGCACGUGCGUCUGUUUACGACUUGAUGCUGAUUUCGUGUGCGCGUGCGUCGCAGAUUACACAUUUUUAUUUGUAUAAACCAUCUGGGCGGUAUAACUGGCAGGGGGAAGAAGGAUCUCAGCGCUAUAAUCAGGGCAAUGUUGCCAUUCGACCGCAAGAUUCCACUGAGUUACAAUCUUUGUUGCCACCUAGUUGCGAUGAAUUGCGUGAUGCGAUGUGUGUUAUAUUUUCUGGUCAUUCGCAGAAGCCGACGCGGGACACUGUUAAGCAGAUGCAGCCAAUAUUAGUGACUAAAUCGACUGUCAAAGUUCUCAUUGACUUCUUACUUAUGAACAAUCCUUGGUAUCAACAAUGUGGAGUGGAAUUUAGCCAGAAAAACAUGGACGAUUUGUUUGAAGAC